GAAAUAAACAAGGCGGCUCCAUACCGAAUGAAAGAGCAAACCGUGCAAUUUUCUGGGUGCAACACUUUUAUUUGAUUAUAAUUAAGUUCUUCAGGCUAGCAAAAACAUUCCUUUUCUUGUCCUUAGAUACUAUUAGAAAUUAGAAUUUGAACAAUGAGGGAGUACAAACUUGUUGUUUUGGGAUCUGGUGGUGUUGGAAAAAGUGCACUGACUGUCCAAUUUGUCCAAGGUAUAUUUGUUGAAAAAUAUGAUCCAACUAUAGAAGAUUCAUAUAGAAAGCAAGUUGAAGUGGAUGGGCAGCAAGCCAUGUUGGAAAUCCUUGACACUGCUGGUACUGAACAAUUUACAGCUAUGAGAGAUUUAUAUAUGAAAAACGGCCAAGGCUUUGUGUUGGUGUACUCUAUAACUGCACAAAGUACGUUUAACGACUUAAUGGAUUUACGUGAUCAGAUACUAAAAGUGAAAGACACAAACGACGUACCUAUGGUUUUAGUUGGAAAUAAAUGCGAUUUAGAAGACGAACGAGUUGUAGGAAAAGAUCAGGGACAAAAUCUCGCCAAGCAGUUUGAAAACUGUACGUUUCUGGAGACGUCUGCUAAACAGAAGAUCAAUGUUAGUGAAAUAUUUCAUGACUUGGUGAGACAAGUAAAUCAGAGACAGCCCGACCCAUCAAGAAAGAAAGGAGGAAAGGAUCCAAAAAAAUGCGCUAUAUUAUAACUUAUUUUCAAAGUACCUCGCACAUAUUUUUGAUGUCGUGUUUUUUACUACAAAAUGCCAUAUCGCACAUUCUGUCGCCAUAUCUAUUGCGUCAUCUGCAAUACAUGACUUGUCCGUUGUCGCACUAGUGGAGCAUCGCAUUUUUUUUUUUUUUAUUUAUUUUUUUAUUUUUUGAUUUAAAAAAUAAAAUAAGUAAAUGGUCUUCCUUUUUUUUCGCCAUGAAUAUCACACUUUGUUAAGUCGCAUUACACGCUUGAGCAACAUUUUAUAAGCAACACGAGGCUAAAUCUUUACAACAGGACUAAAUCACAGCUAGCCUGAAAUAAAUAAUUAAGCGAUACAACAGGAAUUUAAAAAAUAGCAAAAGUUUCCGAGGCUUUCCUGGUGCUAAAAGUCAAACAAUUUUCUUAUAGCGACAACAUGAUUAAAAUUUGAUGUCAAAAGGGCACCAGUCUAAUUGAGCAAUUAGAUUGGUGAAUAAAGUCUUUAUUAGAUAGUCAGCAAGCAACUAGGUAACUGAAACUGUAAAAUACAGACUUUAAGUAACAUUGAAUCUCGGCGAAAUUUCGUGUUGCGUAUAAGAAAAGCGUGUAGUUCACUACAAAAUGAGAUGUAAAAACGUGGUAUAUAUUUUUUUAUCAUCGCAUUAAGAUGACGCGUAAAUAUUAUACGUUUUUGUACCGUCAUAAAAUUUAGUUGGUGAGAACAGAAAUUCCGAUUAUAUUCACGAAAAAUUACUUUACAAUAUGU